AGAUUAAAUCCUUUAAAAUCAGGACACAAUGGCAGACAAAGAUUAUGCGCCAUUAAGUACUGCAUGUGUACGGGCCCUAAAUGAUCGUAUGUACGAGAGAAGAAAAGCAGCAGCGCUUGAAAUUGAGAAAAUGGUUAAAGAUUUUGUUACAGUACAGAAUAUUACACAAAUCAAGAAAUUGCUGAAGGUGUUGGGCUCUGAAUUUGCAAAAUCACAAAACCCGCAUAUGCGCAAAGGCGGACUUAUCGGUCUCGCCGCUAUGGCAAUUGGAUUAGGGAAGGAUAGCGGAAAAUAUACAGAGGAGUUGAUAUCUCCUAUUCUUAGUUGUCUAGCAGACUCAGAUAGCAGGGUUCGAUACUAUGCCUGUGAGAGUUUAUAUAACGUUGUAAAGGUUCUUCGUGAGAAUAUCAUUCCACAUUUUAACGACAUUUUCUCAGCCAUCAGUAAGCUAGUAGCAGACCCUGAUCAAACUGUAAAAAAUGGAUCAGAGCUCUUGGACAGACUUCUUAAAGAUAUUGUGACGGAGAAGUCAAGUUUUGAAAUAGAAAGUUUUAUCCCCGUAUUGAGAGAACGUAUGUACGCUAAAGACAGGUCAGAAUUAAUGUCUAAAUAUCUGCCGGAGUUUUUAGAUCCUCUCUUCUCAAUACUGGACGAUUCAAGUCCAGAGAUUUCAACGAUGUGCGAGAAUCAGCUCGGCGAGUUCUUGGAUAACAUUAAAAAGAACCCUGGAAAUGUGGAUUUCCCUGCAAUGAUUAACAUACUCAUUCUUCAUUCACAGUCCAACAAUGUUCUGCUGCAAAUGAUGGCAAUAACUUGGAUACAGGAGUUUGUAUCUCUAGCAGGGAUGGAUAUGCUUCCCUAUACUUCAGGUAUAUUGAACUCCGUGCUUCCAUGUCUCGCUUAUGAAACAGAAAACCUUAAAACAGUCAGAGAAAUCUCGCGUGGUGUGAAUGAAAAUCUGAUGAAGCUUAUUGAAAAACCGUCCAAAAAUCAGGUUGAACCUAGUAAAUCCGGUCAGCUUGACCUAGAAGAUACUAUUGGAGUUCUAAUUAAACAAUUGCAGAAUAGUUCUCAUCAGUCUAAGGUUGCUCCCUUAAAAUGGUUCUUCCAUCUUUUCAUUCAGAUUCCUGAACAAAUGUUUGAUCACGUGAGUCUAGUUACCCCUGUUCUUCUUCAGACAUUGUCAGAUCACAGUGAUGAAGUUGUAAUACUGGAUCUUGAUGUUCUGGCUAAGAUUUCGUCCUACCAUGCUGACCCGACCAGUAGCACAACAUCCAUACAUUUUAAACAGUUUAUCAAGAGUUUAUUAAAACUAUUCAACGCUGACAGAGUUCUGCUAGAAAAUAAGGGGUCCUUCAUUAUUCGUCAACUUUGUGUGCUACUUAGAGCAGAAGAUAUCUACAAGUCCUUGUCUGAGUUGCUAGUGCUGGAAGAUAAUCUGAAGUUUUCUCGGCUCAUGGUAGAAACCCUCUCCACCAUUCUUCUUACCUCCAGUGAACUUUUUGAUCUCAGGACUAAUCUAAAGGAGCUGAACUCUAAGGAGAGCUGCCAAUUGUUUUGUUGUCUAUAUCAAACCUGGUCCCAUAGUCAGAUUGCAACAAUCUCUCUGUGCCUUCUUGCUGGUUGUUAUUCUCAUACAGUUGAUCUUAUUCAUAUAGUUGGGGAGCAGGAAGUUACGGUGGAGAUGCUCUCAGAACUAGAUCGUUUAAUUCAACUCAUAGAAUCUCCAAUAUUUACAUUUCUAAGAAUGGAGUUGCUGAGUGGGGACAAAGAUUUAAUCAGUGCACUGUACGGACUUCUCAUGCUUUUACCUCAGAGUGAGGCUUUCAGGCUCAUCCAGAACAGAUUAGCGUGUGUACCUCAUAUUGAGAUCAAUGCUGGGAAAAUAACACGAGGGCGGAGUACAAAAUAUAUUGAUGAAAUCGAUUUCAAUAGUUUGCUUGAACACUUUCAGGAGAUUAGCAUGAAACAUCAUAUGGCGCGAAGGAAAGCUAAAACCUCGAAGCUAAUGGCUAAAAGUUCAGCAUAAAACUAUUCAACAAUCUGUAUUCUACAAUCCUAUGUUUUUCAGUUCUAU